CUGCUGCUGCUUCGCUGACACACGUACAUAUACACAAGGCGGAUGCACAAAGACUCACACGCUCACUGACUCACACACGCACACACACACCGGCUCUCCACAGGAAACCCUGAACCAUAAUGCGAAGGCACCUCAGAGCAGACGGGCACGUUGCUCAAACCAAGUGGGAUACGGCGCGACUUUGAUAGCGCGUUAAUGACUUAUGUGAUGUGAUACAGAUGUCUGGGGGGCUUCAGCCGAAAGUUUGCCUGACGGUUUCCAAGGGGGCCAGGCAGACAUUUUAGGAGCGGUAGCAAUCAAUCGGGACAAUUUCUUAUCGUCAUUCAGUGGAAAUCCAAAGAGUGGAAGGUGUUUCAAUAUGGGCGGCCCCGUGGUACACGUGCUGGCCCUGAUGCUGUGUAUGGUCGCCAUGGGAACGUGCCACUCAAACAACACCCAGGACGUCGACCACGACUCUGGCUACCCUGGCUUCCUCCUGCAGCAUUCCAUCCCGCAGCACACGGACUUCCACGGCACCGCCAGCCCUGGGCUCCACCCGGGCCCCAACGAGCCCAUGGCCCUGGCCUCCGGCUCCGGCUCCGGCUUCGGGAACGUGACGGUCAGGAAGAGGCCGCCGCCCUGCCUCACUCGCACCACCAUCAGCACGUCCUUCAAGUACAUCAACUCGCUGAUCUCUGCCCUGGUGUUUGUGGUGGGCAUGGUGGGCAACAUCACGCUGCUGAGGAUCAUCUACCAGAACAAGUGCAUGAGGAACGGUCCCAACGCGCUGAUCGCCAGCUUGGCCAUGGGGGACCUCAUCCACAUCACAAUCAACCUGCCCAUCACUGUCUACAAGCUCCUGACAUCCCAGUGGCCGUUCGCCAGCACAGCGUUUGGCCUCUGUCUGUGCAAGCUGGUGCCCUUCGUGCAGAAGGCCUCGGUGGGCAUCACUGUGCUCAACCUCUGUGCCCUGAGUGUGGACAGGUACAGAGCGGUGGCCUCUUGGAGCAGGGUGCAGGGUGUAGGGGUCCCUCUUCUCACCGCCAUAGAGAUCAUCUCCAUAUGGGUGCUCUCGAUGAUCCUGGCCGUGCCUGAGGCUGUGGGCUUUGACAUUGUCACCGUGGACUACCGCAACGUCACGAUCCACACCUGCAUGCUGAACCCCCAGAGUGACUUCAUGAGGUACUACAAAGACAUGAAGGACUGGUGGCUGUUUGGCUUCUACUUCUGUGUCCCGCUGUUGUGCACGGCCAUCUUCUACACACUGAUGGCGUGCGAGAUGCUCAACCACCGCAACGGGAGCCUCCGCAUCGCCCUGAGCGAGCAUCUCAAACAGCGCAGGGAGGUGGCCAAGGCGGUCUUCAGUCUGGUGCUGAUUUUCGCCCUGUGCUGGUUCCCACUGCACCUCAGUAGGAUCCUCAAGUACAUGGUGUACGACCCCAGCGACCAGGGCCGCUGUGAGCUGUUAUGUUUCCUCUUGGUCAUGGAUUACUUUGGCUUCAACCUAGCGACAGUCAACUCCUGCAUAAACCCCAUCAUCCUCUACUUCGUCAGCAAGAAGUUCAAGAACUGCUUCAAGUCAUGUCUGUGCUGCUGGUGCUACUCCGACAGCCAGGUGACCAGCACGGGAGCCAUGAACGGCACCAGCAUCCAGUGUAAGAGUCCUGAGCCCAACAACCUCGCCCCUGACCGCAAGGACAGCAACUAACCCACCCCCCUCCCCCCAUCAUCAACACCACAGUGGAUUUAUUUCGGGACGCACGUCCACCAACGACAACUUCAACCAACGGCAUCCUGCCGAAGGAGGCUUUCAAAACACACACACUCGCACACACACUCUCAUUGUGUUGACCCACCUCAUACAACUCUCGGAAAGACACUCGGACUCCCUGUGGAGCCACGUAUAGGCAAGGAAAAAGGACAGAGAGAAACCGAGGAAGGACAAUAAGGAACACUAUAUCGCUCCGUGUGCCGUUUCCUCCGCACAGUUUUUCCCGGCUACUACAGCAUCCGCUUAUUCCCCGUCGUCCGUCAUGUUAGCAAACCCAUGGAGGAAAGCGAGAGAGAUGGAGGGAGACAGGGGGAGGAAGUUGUGGUGUAGCAGGAGGGGAGGGGGGGGGGGGGGGGAUUCCUGAUGCAGGUCAGAGGAAGAGGAAGACUCAUAACACAGGAAGCAGCUGAACGCUCACAAUAAAUGAACCUCAUUUCCCGCUCGUCGUGAGGCGCAAUGUUCGUAUAAAGGGGCAGCCCUACCGGGACGGGGGUCCUUCAUCAAGGGGACAGAAUUGUCAGAAGGAAUGACGUGAGAGUGUGCAUCCGCCUCCCCGAAGAGAACCAGCUCCCGUCCCCCCCACCUACCUGCGUGCCUGCUAGCCUCCGUGUGCUACACUCUGCGGCCCCCAAGGACCAGGGACAGUGCAUGUUAAUCAACCCUGCUCUUCAUUUCCCAUAAACACACUGGCGGCCGCACUGACACACUCACACACACACACACACACACACACACAUACACACACCCUCACACAUAACACCACACACACACAGACUUAUUAUUCAUUCAUACCAGUGUGUGCUCAAAUUAGGGUCAGUUUUUAACGACGGUGGCUGUGCGGAUAGGAGGUGGAGUGGUCUAGUUCGAGGUGGUUUCAAAAUGGCGACCCCCCCUGAAGACUUCUUAGGAAUGAGAUGUUGAAGAAGGGUGCUUAUAUACAGAUAAAGCAUUUUGUACAUAAGCACACGAACACAGAUCUCUCCUGCUCAUUGUGAGAAACUCUAUCGGCAACAUCUGGAAUUUGUUUGACAUACUCUCUUAUAUAAUAUAUCAAAAAGGAUCAACAUUGAACAUAGUAUUCAAGAGGCCUUUGGUUUAGAAUAGAUAUAAACCUACAUAUAUAGCACUGUGAAUUUUCAUUUGAGACACAAGAGACAUAUACUUUGUGUGUAUAUUCUUAAGUAUCUAUACAUAUGUACACUUUUAUAAAGUGUUGUAUUGUAAUUGAAUGGCAUUGAUAUGACAGUAUUUACGUGUGUUUGAGGGAUUUUGGUUUUGUUCAUUCAAAUCAUAUGAGUAGACAUGACCUAUGCUGCCCUCAUAAGAUUGGUGUACAUGUAACCGCGUGUGUGUGUGUGUGUGUGUGUGUGUGUGUGUGUGUGUGUGUGUGUGUGUGUGUGUGUGUGUGUGUGUGUGUGUGUGUGUGUGUGUGUGUGUGUGUGUGUGUGUGUGUGUGUGCUAUUUAGAGACAAACUCAUGUUUUCUACACUGUAUAAAUUAAAGUGUGGGAUUUCUUGCUGUGUUUCAAUGUUAUCACUACGCCUAAACUGUCAAUACUAACCUGUGGAAAAAUGGAAAAACUGAACGGUGGUUGGUUCUCUUGUCGAAGAAAUAUAGUGCUGCUACUUCACAUAUUAAAUCAAUUUCUGACCAAAGAA